AUGUAAUAAGAAAUUGCUGUAUUUUAUUAACCGUCGCUAGAAUAUUUAAACAAAGAAUUGGAAUAGUUAAAGUUUUAAUGUAAUUUAAAGUUGCUAUAGAAAAAAGUAAUUUUGUUAUUUGGUUUUCCUUCAAUAAAGGUGGAAAGCGACAGAAUUCACACCUAUUUAUAAGGAAUAUACAAUUAAAGCGAAAAUGAACAGCUUAAAAAAAUUAGAGUCUUAAUAAGCUUCAUUGGGGAAGUCACUUCAAUAAAUAAUUGGGAUGACAGAGGCCUUAUCAUCAGAUAGAGAGUUCUGUAAUUUCUUAAUAUUCAAGGAUUAGAAGUCAAGUGGACUGAAUAAUAAUGGCAGGAGGAAAUUGAUUCUAUUGUGACGCUUAGAACAAACAACCCUUAUUAUGAUACCAUUCCAAAUAAAAUGUUUUCUUACACAAAUUUAUUUCACACUCUUGGCAUUUAAUUGCCAACAGAAUUGAAAUAUCUUAAACAUCAAUCAUUCAAUCAAAUGUAGACUUCCAAUCUAAUAGAUGAUUUUCACUUGCUAUGUAAUAUAGAUGAAUUUAAAAUUGUUAGAAAUAUAAGGUAAUUUAUCUAAAAUUUUACAGAUAAGCUUGAUGAUUUUAUGAGUCUAAUAAUUAACAUUGAAAGCAUACAUUUAUUUGAUGUACAUAGCAUAACAAAUAGUUAUUAAACAUUAUGCAACCAAUUAUAGCAAAUUCUCAUCUCAUUUAUUUCUGAAAUAACUAAACGCUAGGACGCCGAAGAUUAAUAAAAUUAAUAAUUAAUAAUUGAUGAAAAUUUGGAAGAAUAAAAUAAAAAGAUAAGAUUCAAAAAAACAAUACCUGCAGCUUCUUCAACUACCAUCAUCUAAGGAUCAUUUGGCUCAAAUUUAAAGGCAAAAAAAUAAAGGAGGAAACUAAAAUUAAUUGAAUAAUCAAAGGGCAGAUCAUCUCUCUUGUAUUUAAGUGGCUCGGUAGACAAUUGUAUUAGUUAAGAUGAAAUUAGGUAGAGUUAAAAUUCAUCCCAAAUUUAUGAUAAUGAGAAUAGCAUUGAUUUAAUAUCAUACUUAUAAGAUUAAUUAUUAAAGAACGCAGGCCUUUCAAACUAUCUUUUAACUGAAUACUCUCUGGAAAACCUAAAAUCAAAAAUUUUAACUUAUGAAUACAUACAAUAAAAACUUGAGUAAUUAGGAUAUCCCUGUAUUAAUUUGGAUGAGAAAGAACUAAUAUCUGUACUAGAAGAAUAUAAACUAUUUAAUAAAGACAAGAAAGCCAUAGUUGUUAAGUUAUUUAAUAUAAUAUCAGAAUCUUUUAUUAGUAAGAAUGAGGGUUUGGAUCCAACCUUAGAAAUAAGAGAUUUAGCGUUAAAAUAUCUAUCCUAAAUAUCAAUCGACUAUCCCAUAUAAGAGCUAAAUGAAAUUUUAAAAUCCUAAUGCAUACCACAUUAAAAAAUGUAAGACUUUGAUAUGAAUCAAAAAUUUUCUUAUAUGAAAUUAUCAUAGAUAUUAAAUCGCAAAUUCCCAGAAUAAGUAUACCAAAUAAGAUGUUCAUCAACAAAUUAAAUAUUUUAACAAUGGAGUAUAAACCAAUUACUUGAUAUUUUUAAUUUUUAUGAUCUUCAAAAUAUUAGAAUUACACGAUCAUAUAUCAGUUAAGUUUUCACUUGCUUACAGAAUUUGAUCAAUUUAAAGGAGUUAUUGCAUUCAAAUAUAGAUGGCAUUAUAAUUGAAGAAUUUAUGUAAAUGGAAAAAUAGUUUCUGGAAGUAAUAAAUCAGCCUUUAAAUUUUCAAAUCAACUCUCAGUAUUUUGAGAGUUCAAACUUAAUUCAUAAAGAAUAAUCAUCUAAUUAAAAUGAUCUAUUUAUUGAAAGACUAAAAGAUUAACGUUUAUAAAUUUCAGAUCUUGAUAAAAUUAAUGAGCUAUCAAAGUUGUAAUAAUAAGAAAAUGAUUAAAUUUGUAGAUAAAGUUAAGAUGAAUAUUUAUUGUUAAAGUUUAAUUAACCAAUCAUUUCAGAUUAUUUCAAUUUUUUGUGUUUUUAAAAUUAAUCAGAUUCUCCUAGAUUCAGCUUUAUAGAUAAAUCGUAGCAUUAAUCCGAUGAUCAGCAAUACAAUUCUUUUGAAGAGGAAUAUUUUUCUUGA